CUUCCCCCCCCUCCGCGGGACUCGUCGCCGGCAGGGCCGGGCCUGCCUCCUUCCCCUCAGAGCGGGGCCGCUGCUGGGCCGUGCGUGGCCGCAGCGGCGCCUCCCCGGCCACGUCCUCGACACCGCCGGGGCCGCGGUCAUGGGCCGCCUGCGGGCCGCGCCGCGCCUCCGGCUGCUGCCGCUCCUGGCGCUGCUGGGGCUGGCGGCGCCCCGCGCCCGCGCCUGGGACAGUGGCGACCUGGAGCUCUUCGACCUGGUGGAGGAGGUGCCGCGGAACUUCUACGACUUCCUGGGGGUGCAGCAGGAUGCUUCGUCUGCAGACAUUCGGAAAGCAUAUCGAAAGCUUUCGCUGGUUUUACACCCAGACAAGAAUAAAGAUGAAAAUGCAGAGACACAGUUUAGGCAAUUGGUGGCCAUCUAUGAGGUUUUAAAGGAUGAAGAGAGGAGACAGAGCCUGUUAUAUUUGCUACUGUAGGUAUGAUGAUAUUCUGAUCAAUGGACUACCAGAUUGGCGACAGCCUGUGUUCUACUACAGGCGGGUGAGAAAAAUGAGCAAUGCUGAGCUGGCAUUACUCUUGUUCAUUAUACUCACAGUGGGUCAUUAUGCUGUGGUUUGGUCAAUCUACCUGGAAAAACAGCUGGAUGAACUGCUUAGCAGAAAAAAGAGGGAGAAGAAGAAAAAAACAGGCGGCAGGGGUACAGAUGAAGCCAAACUUGCUGCUGUAGACAAAAAUGAAAGAGUACUGGAGAAACCACAGUGGCAUGACUUACUUCCAUGCAAGCUGGGAAUAUGGUUCUGUCUCACUGUGAAAGCUUUACCUCAGCUGUUCCAGGAUGCCAGACAAUUAUAUGUAGAAUAUAAAGAAACAAAAAUGAAGGCGAAAGAAGAUGCCCUGGCUAAGGCUGAACUUGAAACACUUCAGAAGGAGAAGAAGCCUAAAGUCAAGAAACCAAAAUCGGAAUUCCCUGUAUACACAGUUCUGGAAUCAAGUGCAUAUAUACCAUCGUAUGAUCAUGGAGCUUCAAUUGAAGAGAUUGAGGAACAGAUGGAUGAUUGGUUGGGAGGCAGGAACAGAACACAAAAAAAAAAGGCACCUGAAUGGACAGAGGAGGACCUCAGCCAGCUGACAAGAAGUAUGGUUAAGUUCCCAGGAGGGACUCCAGGUCGAUGGGAAAAGAUUGCUCACGAAUUGGGUCGAUCAGUGGCAGAUGUUACCAUGAAAGCCAAACAGCUGAAGGAUUCUGUUGCAUAUACACCAGGUAUCAUUAGGCUCUCCGAACUUAAAACGCUGGCCCAGAAUUCCAAGAAUGUCAAAGUCAACGUGAAUUUGCCAGACCACAUAAUCACCCAUCGAGAAAGGGAGGAGGAAGAGGAGGAGGAAGGGAACUACAAUCAUAUCCCAGAGCAGAUGGAUGUCCAAACGGAUCAAAAGGAGACCCCUGCAAGUGAAACUAGACACCGCAAACGAAAAAUUGUCAAAGCACCUGAAAUGACUCUGCCAGCAACGAAAGAGGUACCGGAAGAGAAGGGCAGGGGAAGGCGCCAGAAGGAUUUUGAUAACACCGAGCAAGAGGAAGAGAGUGAUGAUGAAAGCAGAAAAAGAGAGAAAAGCCGUGCCCCAGAAGAACCAUGGACUCAAAAUCAACAGAAACUUCUUGAAAUGGCCUUGCAGCAGUAUCCAAAGGGAACAUCGGACCGCUGGGAUAAAAUAGCAAAAUGUGUUCCUGGAAAAAACAAGGAGGAUUGUAUAGCAAGAUACAAGCUGCUCGUUGAACUGGUACAAAAGAAAAAAAUGGCUAAAAGCUGAAUGUUCUGAGCAGAAGAGAUGUAGCUCAUCUUUGCCAAAAUGGGGUUUUAAAUCUCAUGUGCAGGAAACUGCAUCUUUGUACCUCAGUAUUUCUAUAAGUCAUGUGCCUUAGUAAAAGAGAAUAUUAAUAAAUCUUAUACCAUCUUACCUGCUUUGUGUGUUGAAGAACAAAGGUAUAUUUUUGUGUUGGAGAGCUGCUUAUGCAGAUGUGUGAUAACAAUGCCUUAAAAAUUAGUGGUCCUUCAGGAAAACCCACACAGUAAUUGCAUACUGGGUUGGGUGGGUUUCCAGCCAGUGACUAUGCAAAAUGUAAAGAAUUUGUAUGUGUUUUGAAGAGAGAAUUGAUCAGAAACUGUUCAGCAGCACAGGAGGAAUGGAACUCUGCACUCAAAAUACAUUUUUCUUUCUUGCAGCUAUAAAUCCAAGACCAUGUGCUUAUAAGCAUGUCUGUGCUCCAUGAAACGGCCAGUCAUCCUAACAAUGCUUUGAAAGUAGUAGUAUUUCUAAUCUUAACUUCUGCGGACAUUUAUAUGCACCUGCAGUAGAACACCUUUUUUACCAGCCCUGCAGACUAAUACACAGUGAUAUUUGACAAUGCUGUUUAUUUGGUGAAGUAGAAAUGAGUAAGAACACUAAAGGCCUAAAUUUUGUCAUUAGAAAUUAAGAUAUAUAAGGCAUUUACUUCAGGACCAGUUUUUAAGUACAGAAUAGGACUUACAGCUAACAUCAGUGGGCUAAGAGGGGGGUUUUGUAUACCCUAGGUUCAAUAUAGUUUGCUUUUAUAUUUGAAGAACAGGUAAUAAGGGUUAGUAUUCCUUAGUUGCUGUUUUAUUUUUCAUAAUCUUGGAAAAGCUAUACAAAGCUUAAAAUGCUGGAAUAAAGGGUACUUAAUGGGCUGUGAAUUAUAUCAUAAAUCAGAGCAGUGAUCAUAGUCUUUUGCAAGAAACAUUAAGGACUUGCUUUUCUAAAAGAAUUAUUUACCACUUCUAAUUUAAUCAAAUUCUGAUUCAAUAUCGGGAUUGUGAUAAGUUUUUGAGCUUUAAUUCAAAAUUAGAAUUAAAGAGGAUCGUGUACCUGAACUCAGAAUCAGAACGUGGUGGCUGAGAAUCUGUUAGCUUUCUGCCAUUUACACUGGUGACUUUCUUCAGUAACUGUUUGCCAAUUGUGUUGCUUCUAACAGAUCAGCAUUU